GGCGCCCGUUGGGAGCGGAGCCGAGCCCCGUUCCCGCCGCGGGGCGUUGAGGCGGUGGGGGCCGUGUCCGAGCCAUGGCCGAGCCGGGCGCCCGGCUGCGCUGCGGCCGCCCCCUGCUCCUCCUCGCCUGCCUCUUCGUGCCCGUCCUCGGCAAGCCCGGAGCCGGCCCCGCCGCCCGUGCCCCUUACGCCGGCGUAUCUGAACCGUCUUUUAUUGCUAAAAGUGAAGAUCGCUUGUUUAAACACUUAUUUGAAGACUAUCAAAGAUGGGUUCGUCCAGUGGAACGCUUGAAUGAUACAAUAAAAAUCAAGUUUGGUCUUGCAAUCUCUCAGCUAGUAGAUGUGGAUGAGAAAAAUCAAUUGAUGACAACAAAUGUCUGGUUGAAACAGGAAUGGAUAGAUGUAAAAUUAAGAUGGAAUCCCGAAGACUAUGCUGGAAUAACAUCUAUUCGUGUCCCAUCAGAUUCUAUUUGGAUUCCAGACAUUGUGUUGUAUGACAAUGCAGAUGGACGUUUUGAGGGAACGUCUACAAAAACUGUGGUAAAAUAUGAUGGCACCAUUGCUUGGACUCCACCAGCUAACUAUAAAAGUUCUUGUACUAUUGAUGUAACCUUCUUUCCUUUUGACCUCCAAAACUGCUCUAUGAAAUUUGGUUCCUGGACUUACGAUGGCUCACAAGUUGAUAUAAUUCUAGAAGAUUAUGAUGUUGACAAAAGAGACUUUUUUGAUAAUGGAGAAUGGGAAAUAGUGACUGCAACAGGGAGCAAAGGAAAUAGAACUGACGGAUGCUGCUGGUAUCCCUUUGUUACAUAUUCGUUUAUAAUUAGACGUCUGCCACUCUUUUACACGUUGUUUCUCAUUAUUCCUUGUAUUGGACUUUCAUUUCUAACUGUCCUUGUCUUCUAUCUUCCUUCAAAUGAAGGUGAAAAAAUUUCCCUUUGCACUUCAGUCCUGGUAUCUUUGACUGUUUUUCUUCUUGUCAUUGAAGAGAUUAUUCCAUCAUCUUCUAAAGUUAUCCCACUUAUAGGAGAGUACUUGGUGUUUACUAUGAUAUUUGUGACAUUGUCCAUUGUGAUAACUGUCUUUGCUAUCAAUAUUCAUCAUCGCUCUUCGUCUACACACAAUGCUAUGGCACCUUGGGUUCGCAAGAUAUUUCUUCACAAGCUUCCCAAGCUGCUUUGCAUGAGAAGUCACGUAGAUAGAUACUUUGCGCAGAAGGAGGAAACAGGAAAUAUGAACGGAUCAGAAUCAUCUAGGAACACCUUGGAAGCAGCUCUAGAUUCUAUCCGGUAUAUUACGAGGCAUGUUAUGAAGGAAAAUGAAGUUCGUGAGGUUGUUGAAGACUGGAAAUUUAUUGCUCAGGUGCUUGAUCGAAUGUUUUUAUGGACUUUUCUUCUGGUUUCAAUAAUUGGAUCACUUGUGUUGUUUAUUCCUGUUAUUCAUAAAUGGGCAAGUAUAAUAGUACCUAUGCACAUAGGCAGUACAAAUGCAUAAAAUAUUUUUGGAUCUGUCUCCUGCUGACGUCUGUCUCUAAAAAGGUUUGCAGUAACUCUGUUUCCAUGCAUGUUCUUUAUAGGCAUGUUUCUGGUUUAAAAAAAAAAAAAAAAAAAAGGAAAAACCCCAAGCCAUAAACUUAUUUUGAUGCUAAAGCAUGGCAUAUAGGAUACCCAGAAGUCAA